AUGAGAGUGGAGCCUUGUUCUCUACUCCACAGUGCGCCGCUGUGUCACUGUGGAGUCGCGUGGCUGCUGACUCACCCUCCUCUCACCGCCGCUUCUCUCACCGUGAUGCUGGCGCUAAAGCACAAUCUGAAGAUCCAGGUAUUUAAUCCGCCGUUUGACGUGGUUUUGGCGACAAACGUGGUUUACAUGAGGAGUAUAGCACUUGAUUUCUGCCAUGGAAGCCCUGGUGUACGAAGACGGCGUCGUGUUUCUCGGGUACUAGGGGAGGUCUCCGAGUUGCACAAGAAGUUCUGGGAGAUGUGCGAUGAGGUUUUCGAUAUCAAGAAGGCCCCUCGUGACCACCUAUAUCCUGAAUAUGCGUACGAGGAGACUGGUGUUUUUCUCUUGCGGAAGGAGAAGAAGAAGCAGUGA